UGGCGCGGUUUUUUUCUUGUUCUUCCCCUACUCCACCGCUGAACCUGUUUGGGGAAAACGGACUAAAAAAGUUCCAGACGUUGCGAGGAGGAUCAGGCUAGUCUGGUUCAAAGUACCCGCGGCGCGGUGGCCUUUGGGUGCAGUUAACGAAGAUUCGCCCAACUAUGUCCUCCCCGACAUCGACUCCGAGUCGCCGAGGCAAAAAACGCUCGAGAGGGGAAACCACCCCGACCGGCGGGAACACGAAUGCUCCUACUCCUGCUUCUGAAUCCGUACGCACCACUCAAUCACAGCAAAGUCGCCUGGAUGACUCUACAGAUUUGCAGCCAAUGCCAACUUCUCCACCAGUUGACAUACAAAGCCCAAAUGUUCAGGAUGUUCUGUUUUCCAGUCCACCACAAAUGCAAAAUUCAGUUCCCAUGGAUUUUGAUAUUAGUUCUCCCCUGACCUAUGGAACACCUAGUUCUAGAGUGGAAGGAACACCAAGGAGUGGUGCACGAGGGACUCCAAUUCGACAACGAGCUGAUCUUGGCUCUGUCCGUAAAACCAGGCAGGUGGAUCUACAUUCUGAUACGCCUGGACCAGGUGAUGCGAUAGAAAGUGAACCCUCUGAUGGACAAAAGCUUGUGAUUUGGGGAACAGAUGUCAAUGUAGCCUCAUGUAAAGAAAAGUUCCAGAGAUUUCUUCAGCGUUUUAUUGAUCCAACAGCUAAGGAAGAAGAAAACAUUGGUUUGGAUCUUAAUGAACCUUUAUACAUGCAACGUCUAGAAGAGAUAAACUUAAUUGGGGAACCAUUUCUAAAUCUAAACUGUGACCAUCUAAAAUCAUUUGAUGAAAAUCUUUACAGACAGCUGAUGUGCUAUCCCCAGGAAGUAAUCCCAACAUUUGAUAUGGCUGCUAAUGAAAUUUUCUUUGAGCGUUACCCUGAUUCCAUUCUGGAACAUCAGAUUCAAGUUAGACCAUACAAUGCAUUAAAGACAAGAAACAUGAGAAGUUUGAACCCUGAAGAUAUUGAUCAGCUUAUCACAAUCAGUGGCAUGGUGAUCAGAACAUCCCAGUUAAUUCCAGAAAUGCAAGAAGCUUUCUUCAAAUGUCAGGUCUGUGGAUUCACAACAAGAGUUGAGAUUGAUCGUGGCAGGAUUGCUGAACCAUCAGCAUGUAAGAAUUGUAACACCACACAUAGCAUGAAUUUGAUUCACAAUCGCUCUCUCUUCUCGGAUAAACAGAUGAUCAAACUACAGGAGUCUCCAGAAGAUAUGCCAGCUGGUCAGACACCAUACACUAUUAUUCUUUUUGCUCACAAUGAUCUUGUGGAUAAAGUUCAGCCUGGGGACAGAGUUAAAAUUACUGGAAUCUACAGAGCAGUUCCUGUUCGUGUCAUACCAAGAAUGAGCAGUGUAAGGUCUGUCUAUAAGACUCACAUUGAUGUUAUUCAUUACUGCAAAACUGAUUCAAAACGUCUCCAUAGAAUUGAAGAAGGAACAGAACACAAAAUGUUUAUGGAAGAACGUGAAAAAAUGCUUCAAGCGCUUUCUCAAAAACCAGAUAUUUAUGACAGACUUUCUUCCGCUCUUGCUCCAAGCAUAUAUGAGCAUGAAGACAUUAAAAAGGGCAUUCUUCUUCAGCUAUUUGGAGGUUCAAGAAAAGAUUUCAGUCACACUGGUAGAGGUAAUUUCCGGGCUGAGAUAAACAUUUUGCUUUGUGGAGAUCCUGGCACCAGCAAGUCACAAUUACUUCAGUAUGUUUAUAACCUGGUUCCAAGAGGACAGUAUACAUCUGGAAAAGGUUCUAGUGCUGUUGGUCUUACAGCAUAUGUAAUGAAAGAUCCUGAAACAAGACAAUUAGUUCUACAGACUGGAGCUUUGGUCCUCAGUGACAAUGGGAUUUGCUGUAUAGAUGAGUUCGAUAAAAUGAAUGAAAGUACAAGAUCAGUGCUUCAUGAAGUUAUGGAGCAACAAACACUCUCUAUUGCCAAGGCUGGAAUUAUUUGCCAACUAAAUGCUCGUACUUCCAUUUUGGCAGCCGCUAACCCAAUAGAAUCCCAGUGGAAUCCAAAGAAAACUACAAUUGAAAAUAUCCAGCUUCCCCACACAUUAUUAUCCAGAUUUGAUCUCAUUUUCCUUAUGUUGGAUCCUCGUGAUGAAACAUAUGAUAGACGUUUAGCUCAUCAUUUGGUUUCAUUAUACUACCAAACUGAAGAACAGGUUGAAGAGGAACACAUGGAUAUGGCAGUACUUAGAGACUAUAUAGCUUAUGCUCGCAAUUACAUCAAUCCCAAAUUGAGUGAAGAAGCAAGUCAAGCUCUCAUUGAGGCAUAUGUGGACAUGAGGAAAGUUGGGAGUGGAAAAGGGAUGGUUUCAGCAUAUCCUCGGCAGUUAGAAUCAUUGAUUCGUUUGGCUGAAGCUCAUGCUAAAGUGCGCUUUUCUGCAAAGGUGGAAACAAUAGAUGUAGAAGAAGCAAAACGUCUUCACCGUGAGGCUUUAAAACAGUCUGCCACUGAUCCCAGGACUGGAAUUGUGGACAUAUCUAUUCUUACAACAGGGAUGAGUGCCACUGCCCGUAAGCGCAGAGAAGAAUUGGCUCAAGCUUUGAAGAAACUUAUUCAGUCCAAGGGUAAAACACCCGCUCUAAAAUAUCAACAACUCUUUGAUGAUCUUCGUGCACAAUCUGAAACAGCUAUCACUAAAGAAAUGUUUGAAGAAGCACUUCAUGCAUUGGCUGAUGAUGAUUUCUUGACUGUAACUGGGAAGACUGUGAGACUACUUUAAUUCAAAUCAUUUUGCAGUAAUUUAAAAAUACUGUUUAACAGAGGCUGUCAACAACACCAUAGAACAUUAAUAUCUAAAGUUCAAUUUUUAAAAAACUUGUAAAUACUUAAAGCAUAGUGGAUUUUAUCUUCAUGAAUAUAUUUCUUUAGGAUUUUAAACUGAAUAAAUGCUAUACAUUUAAACAACAGGGAUAGUAGAGAAUUAGAAUUCAAAGAUUGUUGAAAUAAUGUUACAUUCAUUAUUACAUAAAUUUUUAAAAUAUUGUUACAAUAAAAAAAUCAAUCUGUAU